AUGUCACCACCACCACGACCAGAGGCGUGCCCCGUGUAUCCGCUGCGGGCAUCCUCGCGCUACGUCGUGUGCCCGGACGCAGUCGAGCGCAUGUACCAGCUCAGACCAACACCAACACCAACGAUGGCCACCACGACAACCACGACGACGACGACGACGACAGGGACAGCAGCUGAUGCAAUGGGCACGGAGACAACAUCCACGUCAACAGCAGCUGCAGCAAUGACAGCAGGACUCGGUGCGAGUGAGCUUGUCACCAGCACCAGCAGCGGCUGUGGCGGCCUGCGGGGACAAAGGCGCUGCAGACGGAGCGGGUAG